GAAGUGUCUGCCCUGUGUUAUAACCAACCCUCUUCCUGCAAAUCACAUGAGAUUGUGCCUGACCUGCAUCAUGUACAGCCGGCUUCUGCUCCUACUACUCGCCCUGGUCUCCUGGAUCCAUGCAGGGCUCUACUACAAGCAGGGGCAGCACUGCUACAAGCCUGUAGCCAGGGGGAGCUUCGGACAGAGGACAUACCCUCGGCCGCAUGAAUACCUCUCUAUAAAAAGCUUGCCAAAGGCUUGGGACUGGCGUAAUAUUAAUGGUUCCAAUUAUGUCAGCACUACAAGAAACCAGCACAUUCCUCAGUACUGUGGAUCAUGCUGGGCACAUGGAAGUACCAGUGCCAUGGCAGAUCGCAUAAACAUCAAGAGGAAAGGGGCAUGGCCAUCUUCCUACCUGUCUGUACAGAAUGUGAUUGACUGUGGCAAUGCAGGAUCCUGCGAGGGUGGAGACCAUGGAGGGGUCUGGGAAUACGCAAAUAGUCAUGGUAUCCCUGAUGAAACCUGCAACAACUACCAGGCCAAGGACCAGGACUGCAACAAAUUCAACCAGUGUGGGACCUGCUUGACGUUCGGGCAGUGCUUCUUCCUCGCCAACUACACGCUGUGGAAAGUCGGCGACUACGGCUCUGUCAGUGGGAGGGAGAAGAUGAUGGCUGAGAUCUACAAGAAUGGACCAAUCAGCUGUGGAAUAAUGGCUACAGCUAAAUUAGACGCCUACACCGGGGGCCUGUACGCCGAGUACCAUCCAAGUGCCAUGGUGAAUCACAUAGUGUCUGUAGCCGGCUGGGGUGUGGAUGAGAACGGCGUGGAGUACUGGAUUGUCCGCAACUCCUGGGGAGAACCUUGGGGAGAGAUGGGCUGGCUGCGCAUUGUGACAAGCACAUAUAAAGGAGGAAAGGGAGGAGACUACAACCUGGCCAUCGAGGAGGACUGUGCCUACGGUGAUGUCACGUGUCUGCUCUACAUAUUGCUGCAGCAAGACAAUUUAGCCCCGUGCCACCUGCCAAACGUGACCAUUGAGGUGAAUAGGACGACUAGCAUGCAGGAGAUGGAAGCCACCGCUCUACAACCCUCUGAAAAGCCAUCCACUGUGAUUGCUUUUCAGGGGGAGGGGCUUUAA